GCUUCUCGCGUCAUCUAAACUUCUAUUUGGAUGCCAAAAGCCCCCUUUCUCUCCCUCUUCGCUUGUGAAAAGGCGCCGCCUUCUUUGAGCCUCUGAGAGCGAGAAGUCGCCGGCCAUGGCGGAAGCCGCUCAGGAGAAAAACCCCAGCCUUGCCGAGCAAUGGUCACUCCAGGACAAAGAGGACAAGUCAGCUCAGAGUGAGGUCCCUGUUGAGAAAACAACAGGGGAUGAGAAGCCUGCUGAUGCCACUGCUGAGGAAGUUGUUUCGGAGAAGACUGGUGAGACUCCUGUUGUAGAUGAUGCUAAUCCUGUUGCAGAGGAAAACAGCAAAACUCCCGAGCAAGAAGAGACAGAAUCACAAGAAGCUGCUGAAGAGACACCAGCGAUAAAGCUUGAAACAGCCCCAGCAGAUUUCCGUUUUCCAACAACAAAUCAAACAAGGCAUUGCUUUACUCGCUAUAUUGAAUAUCACAAGUGCACAGCUGUAAAAGGGGAGGGAGCUCCUGAGUGUGAGAAAUUUGCAAAAUAUUAUCGCUCACUUUGCCCAAGUGAAUGGAUCGAGCGAUGGAAUGAGCAACGAGAAAAUGGGACUUUUCCUGGUCCCUUGUAGAUGACCAGUGCAAACAAAUCUCAGUAAAUUCACUUCUGAGAUUCUGGAAACUGGAACACCAAUAUCUGUACUGAGAGAAUUCGGAAGCUCUUUUUUCAGAAAAGAAUAAUGAAUAAAAAUUUUGGCUUGUUCUAAGUCCAAGGAGAGGUUUAACACAUAAAUGAAUGGAUUUGCUUCCAGAUGAACUGCUUUUUCACCCAAACAUUUGACUGAACUAUCGAGUUCGGUUAGCAUGAUGCAGUUUGUAACAGCUAGAAAUCGCCAACAUUUGAAUAAUUGCUUAUUGAUUGGUUUCUUUAUUA